UGCACAGUUCUAAGGAGUCGCUCUCUCCUAGAAUGUCUGCGUGCGGGUGUCUCACUCAGUCCAUCUCGGGAUUUCCUCUUGUAUAAGCUUCAUCUUCUCCUCCUGUGCAGGGACCCACCUGCUUGUUUGGAGAGCUGCUGAUUUACAAUGCAGAUGAGGAGCUCCUCGCGUGUCUGUGCCAGCUGUCCUUAAGUUUCCCUGGGGUAUAAGAGGUUGUUGGUGCCUGAUGCCAAGGGCUGUGAUGGCAGAGAACACCAUGUGAGAGUAAGAGAUCAAGGGGGGUGGGCAAGAAAGAGUGAAACCUUUGGCUGCUCUUUUGGCUGAGGUGCAGUCUGUGGGACAGAAUGUCGAUGCUCACACCCAUCCUGAUGCCCCCUGAGGUAAAGGAGUAUCUAUCCAAGGGCGAGCGCUUCAUCAAAUGGGAUGAUGACACAACGAAUGCUUCUCCUGUAAUUCUCCGGGUGGAGCCAAAAGGCUUUUACUUAUAUUGGACAUAUCAGAAUAAGGAGAUGGACUUUUUGGAUAUAACCAGCAUCCGAGACACCCGAGUAGGGAAAUUUGCCAAAAUCCCCAAGAGCCAGAAGCUCCGGGAAGUUUUUAACUUGGAUUUCCCAGACAACAACUUCCUUCUCAAGACUCUCACUGUUGUGUCUGGCCCCGACAUGGUGGAUCUCACUUUCCACAACUUUGUCUCUUACAAAGAGAAUGUUGGCAAGAGCUGGGCUGAGGAUAUCAUGGCCAUUGUUAGAAACCCACUGACAUACAAUGCGUCUCGCUACACCUUCCUGGAGAAAAUCCUGGUGAAGCUGAAAAUGCAGCUGAAUGCUGAAGGAAAAAUUCCUGUCAGGAAUAUUUUUCAGAUGUUUCCUGCAGACAGAAAGAGGGUAGAAGCUGCAUUACAUGCUUGUCACCUUCCAAAGAGCAAGAAUGAUGCAAUCAAUCCAGAGGACUUCCCUGAGAAGGUGUAUAAAACCUUUCUGAUGAACCUGUGUCCCCGUCCGGAGAUCGAUGAGAUAUUCACCUCUCUCCAUUCGAAAGCCAAGCCCUACAUGACCAAAGAGCACUUGGCAAAGUUUAUUAACAAGAAACAGCGAGAUUCCCGCCUCAAUGACAUCCUCUUCCCUCCUGCCAAGCCAGAGCAGGUGCAAGGCCUGAUAGAGAAGUACGAACCCAGUGGGAUUAACAUCCAGAGAGGGCAGUUGUCUCCCGAGGGGAUGGUCUGGUUCCUUUGUGGUCCUGAAAACAAUGUUGUAUCACUGGACAAAGUAGUGCUGUACCAGGACAUGACCCAGCCACUCUCACAUUACUUCAUCAACUCAUCACACAACACCUACUUGACAGCUGGCCAGUUUUCUGGCAUCUCUUCUCCUGAAAUGUAUCGUCAGACCCUGCUGGCUGGCUGCCGUUGUGUAGAGCUGGACUGCUGGAAGGGUCGUCCCCCAGAUGAAGAGCCCAUCAUCACCCAUGGAUUCACCAUGACAACUGAGAUUCUCUUCAAGGAUGCCAUUGAGGCCAUAGCAGAAAGUGCUUUCAAAACCUCUCUCUACCCAGUGAUCCUGUCCUUUGAAAACCAUGUUGACUCGCCCAAGCAGCAAGCUAAGAUGGCUGAGUACUGCAGAACCAUAUUUGGGGACAUGCUGCUGACAGAGCCACUAGAAAAAUAUCCACUGAAGCCAGGUGUCCCUUUGCCAAGCCCUCAGGAUCUCUUAGGGAAAAUCCUGAUUAAGAACAAAAAGAACCAAUCUGUGUCUGAGGACAGGCGGGACUCUUUGAAGAAAGACAGGAAUGAAGCUACUGACCAGCCUGUCCCUAUGGAUGGUGAUGAUACCGUCUGGGCAGGUGAUGUGACUGAAGAGGACCCAGAGGAAGAGGAGGAGGAAUCUGGAAACUUGGAUGAAGAACAGAUUAAAAAGAUGCAGUCAGAUGAGGGCACUGCUGGCUUAGAAGUGACAGCUUACGAGGAAAUGUCCAGCCUGGUCAAUUACAUCCAGCCCAUCAAAUUUGACUCCUUUGAUAUCUCAACAGAGCAGAACCGAAGUUAUGUCAUCUCCUCCUUCACUGAAAUGAAGGCUUAUGAUCUACUGACCAAAUCUCCUGUGCAAUUUGUAGAAUAUAACAAGCGACAGAUGAGCAGGAUUUACCCCAAGGGCACCCGGAUGGACUCCUCCAACUACAUGCCUCAGAUGUUCUGGAAUGUCGGCUGUCAGAUGGUGGCCUUAAACUUCCAGACAAUGGAUGUCCCCAUGCAACAGAACAUGGCCCUCUUUGAGUUCAAUGGCCAAAGCGGCUACCUUCUCAAACAUGAAUUCAUGAGGCGUCCAGACAAGCAGUUCGACCCUUUUUCUGUGGACCGCAUUGAUGUGGUGGUAGCAAGCACCCUGUCGAUAACGAUCCUUUCUGGCCAGUUCCUCUCAGAGCGCAGUGUGAAGACAUAUGCAGAAGUGGAACUUUUUGGUUUGCCAGGAGACCCAAAACGUAAAUACAGAACCAAGCUGACAUCAAGUGCCAAUUCCAUCAAUCCUGUAUGGAAGGAGGAAGCAUUUGUUUUUGAAAAGAUUAUGAUGCCAGAGUUGGCUUCUCUCAGAAUUGUGGCUUUGGAGGAAGGAGGAAAGUUCAUUGGUCAUCGCAUCAUUCCCAUUAUUGCUGUGCAUUCAGGCUAUCACCAUGUUUGCCUUCGCAGUGAAAGUAACAUGCCACUCACUAUGCCCUCCCUAUUUGUGUACCUGGAGAUGAAGGACUAUGUCCCUGACACCUGGGCAGAUCUGACUGCUGCUCUAUCCAACCCCAUUAAGUUCUUUAAUAUCCAGGAGAAGAGAUCAGUGAAACUAAAAGAGAACUCUGCAGAGAGGCCUGACAUGCAGAAGAACCUUACGGAAGCUCAAACCAACGGAAUACCACAUUCUACCAGGAGCUUUAGUUUGCCUCUUCCAAAUGGACCUGAAGGAGCUAUGGGCCUGGGGAAGGAAGAAACUAUAAAAGAAAUUGCAAAAGAAAUUGCAGAACUCGAGACAGCCAGCCUUGAGGAACUUCAGAAGAUGAAGCUUUUUCUGAAGCUGCUGAAGAAACAGGAGAAGGAGCUGAAGGAGCUGGAGCGAAAGGGAAGCAAGCGCAGGGAAGAGCUGCUGCAGAGAUAUUCAGAGUUGGUCACUCAGGGUGGCAGGAAGAAGAUCAUAUGCCCUGGGAAAACACAGAAAAAGAAAAGGAGUUUGACCGCAGAGGAAAUCAGUGCAGCAUGGAGUCCUGCAGAGAUGGCAGCAGAGUAUGCUGAAAGCCAAGUCUUGGAGCUGAAAGAGAAGCUGGAAAUGGAGCUAAUGCAACUGUGGGAAGAGCAGUAUGAUGGGAUGCGGAAAAAGAAGGAGCAGCAUGCCACGGAGCAAAUUGCUAGACUGAUGGAAAUAGCAAGGGAGAAGCAGGCAGCUGAGAUGAAGGCAAUGAAGGAAUCCUCAGAAAGUGAUACUAAAGAGUUAAAGAAGAAACUAGAGGCAAAAAGACUGGACCGAAUCCAAGCCAUGAUCAAGAGCACCAGUGACAAGACUGCUCAGGAGAGAUUAAAGAGAGAAAUAAAUAAUUCCCAUAUUCAAGAAGCGGUGCCAAAGAUCAAACAGAUGACAGAAAAGAUGGAAAAGUAUCAACAGAUACUGGAAAAGAAGCAGUCAGAUUGUCUAGAAAAGAUCAAGGAGAAAGAAAGCCAGCUCCACAAAGAGGCACUGGCAGAGUAUGAGGAUAAAGUGAAAACCCUUCACCUGGAGGUACAAGAUUUGGCAAAGAACUGUAUGAAAGUCUGCUUCCCUCUGGAGGCUAACAUCAAGAAGGAAGAAGCUCUGAACACCAGCAAUGAAGGCGAACUAGGGUAUAAGGACCAACCAGAAGGAAAGACACCUGAAACUGAGGCAUCAGGACUUGAGACAUCCAUGGCAGGGACCUCCAUGGCUCAGAUCCAAAAAAUUGAGAUAUCUGACCAGAGUAUGGAAAGUAUAUUUUGAGAGUUGUUUCUCCUAAUCCUUAUUCUGCUUCUGGGAGGUCAUUUCCAACAUUAAUAGUAUCUACAAUAAAGUUAUGGACAUGAAAUAAAUGUAAUCUACUCAGAAGACCAUCCUUCCCAACCAGGGAGUUGUAUGGGUUCCUGAAGUGCACCAGAAAGUUACUACUUUCUUCACUGUCCUUCAAAAUGUGGAAAAGAAGAUAUUAUAGGAAAGAGGUUUGAUCUGUGGAAAACGCUUUGUCUUCCACUCUGGCUGAGCAGCAGGUAUUUCAGGAGCAUGAGUGGCUCCAUGACAGGUAAUUCUGACACCGCCAGUUUGUCUUCAUUAUCUCAAACUCCAUCAAAUGUAUUGUUUUAGGAGGCCCUUCUGCAGACUAGGAGAGAGAGGUAAUGUAACUUUAAGGAAUCUCAUGCCUUCAGUACACCAUUUUCCCUCUUUUACAAAACAGUGGUGGCUCCAUGGAUUUCUUCCAUCAGCAGAGGAAAGAAGAAUCUUAGAGAGCAUGAUUCUGGUGUUCACACACCAUUUUAGAUAAAUUGCAGUGGGAAAACUAGGAAAUGGAAGGAGAGUACUCUACAGUCAGUUUUCUAAACUAAAAAAAAAAUUAAACAUCUUUUUUUCUAGUGUCUAUUUUUCACUUCUGCUCUAUCUUUAGGAAGCUGCUGAUGCUACAGACAAGUUUUAUAGGGCCCAUUUAGACUUGGCUUGACCCUUCAUAGAACAUAUAGACAGAUAAUCUGUAAGGGAUCUUUAAUACUCACUUGUAGAAAUUAUGCAGAAAAAUGAAAUUUCUCCCAUUUGUUACUUCAAAAUAACUAGAGAACUCCUCUCAAGUUAUCUGUGGACAGUCCAUAAAGUUUUCUACAGAGCCCCAUCAACAUUUUCUAAUGAACCUACAAUAACUUCACAUUUGGGCCCCUUUCAGAAGCAUACAUUUGCCAUAAUCGAGUUAAUCACUAUCCAGUCACAAUUUUGAAAGCUUUUAAUUUAUUUCAAGGGUAAAUACACUGUUUCCUUAAAUGUGCUUCGUAAUGUAAGAACACCUGUUCCUGUGGUUUGCCUACCAAAAAGUACAGUAGUUUGAUUCAAAUCCUUUUAUUAUUUGGCAGCAGUACCAAUUUAUUACAACAAAAGAUCUGCAAAUUCACCAGCAGGGGGUGCAGUCUGAAGUACAGAAUGGAAGGAAUUGGGGAUGAGAAACUCCUUCAGCACAUACGCUACACAGGGGCUUGGCAUGAUUUUCUGCAAAUGCUUUUAACGGAAAAGUUUUCCGUUAAAAGCAUUUGCGGAAAAGAGCA